GAAGUUGCGCGCGGCAGGCGGGAGGGAGCGGGUCACUGAGGCCGGCGGCAGGAGUGCGGGAGCCGGGCGCAGAGGCUCAGCUGGGAGCGCGGAGUGCGGCAUGGAGCGCCGGGCGGCCCGCGCCUGCCUCGCCCUACUGUGGGGUUGCGCGCUGGCCGCGGUCGUGGCCGCCGCGGCGCAGGGCAAGGAAGUUGUACUGUUGGACUUUGCUGCAGCUAAAGGCGAGCUCGGCUGGCUCACACAGCCAUAUGGCAAAGGGUGGGACCUGAUGCAGAGCAUCAUGGACGACAAGCCCAUCUACAUGUACUCGGUGUGCAACGUGGUGGCUGGCGACCAGGACAACUGGCUCCGCACCAACUGGGUGUACCGUGGUGAGGCCGAGCGCAUCUUCAUUGAGCUCAAGUUCACCGUACGAGACUGCAACAGCUUCCCUGGUGGCGCUAGCUCCUGCAAGGAGACCUUCAAUCUCUACUACGCUGAGUCUGAUGUGGACUAUGGAACCAACUUCCAGAAGCGACAUUUCACCAAGAUUGACACCAUUGCGCCUGAUGAGAUCACUGUCAGCAGCGACUUCCAGGCGCGCCACGUAAAGCUGAACGUAGAGGAGCGCUCCGUGGGGCCGCUCAGCCACAAGGGCUUCUACCUGGCCUUCCAGGACAUCGGUGCCUGUGUGGCACUGCUCUCCGUCCGUGUUUACUACAAGAAGUGCCCCGAGCUACUGCAGGGCCUGGCCCACUUCCCUGAGACCAUAGCCGGCUCUGACGCGCCCUCUCUGGCCACCGUGGCUGGCACCUGUGUAAACCACGCCGUGGUGCCGCCGGGGGGAGAGGAGCCCCGCAUUCACUGCACGGUGGAUGGUGAGUGGCUGGUGCCCAUCGGGCAGUGCCUGUGCCAGGCGGGCUACGAGAAGGUGGAGGACGCCUGUCAAGCCUGCUCACCUGGAUUCUUCAAGUCUGAGGCAUCUGAGAGCCCCUGCCUGGAGUGCCCUGCACACACGCUGCCCUCCCUUGAGGGUGCCACCUCCUGCGAGUGUGAGGAGGGUUACUUCCGGGCUCCGCAUGACCCACUGGCCGAGCCCUGCACACGCCCGCCCUCUGCCCCACACUACCUCACAGCCGUGGGCAUGGGUGCCAAAGUGGAGCUGCGAUGGACGCCCCCCCAGGACAGCGGGGGCCGUGAGGAUGUUGUCUACAGUGUCACCUGCGAGCAGUGUUGGCCUGAGUCAGGCGAGUGCGGGCCUUGCGAGGACAGCGUGCGCUACUCGGAGCCGCCACAUGAGUUGACCCGCACCAGCCUGACAGUCAGUGACCUGGAGCCCCACAUGAACUACACUUUUGCUGUUGAGGCCCGCAAUGGCGUCUCGGGGCUGGUGACCAGCCGCAGCUUCCGCACAGCCAGCGUCAGUAUCAACCAGACAGAGCCCCCCAAGGUGAGGCUGGAGGGCCGUACCACCACCUCGCUGAGCGUUUCCUGGAGUAUCCCCCUACGCCAGCAGAGCCGCGUGUGGAAGUACGAGGUCACCUACCGCAAGAAGGGGGACUCCAACAGCUACAAUGUGCGCCGCACCGAGGGCUUCUCUGUGAUCCUGGACGACCUGAUUCCUGACACCACCUACCUGGUCCAGGUGCAGGCACUGACACAGGAGGGCCAGGGUGCCGGCAGCAAGAUGCAUGAGUUCCAGACGCUGUCCACAGAAGGAUCUGGCAACAUGACGGUGAUUGGCGGUGUGAUUGUUGGUGUUGUCUUCCUUCUGGUGCUGAUUGGAAUUGGCUUCUUCCUCCACCGCAGAAGGAGUAAUCUGCGAGCCCGUCGGUCCUCGGAGGACGUGUACUUCUCUAAGUCAGAACAACUGAAGCCUCUGAAGACAUAUGUGGACCCCCACACAUAUGAGGAUCCCAACCAGGCUGUGCUCAAGUUCACCACUGAGAUCCAUCCAUCCUGUGUCACGCGGCAGAAGGUGAUCGGAGCAGGAGAGUUCGGGGAGGUGUACAAGGGGACACUGAAGGCAUCAGGGAAGAAGGAGGUACCUGUGGCCAUCAAGACGCUGAAAGCCGGCUACACGGAGAAGCAGCGAGUGGAUUUCCUCAGCGAGGCCAGCAUAAUGGGCCAAUUCAGCCACCACAACAUCAUCCGCCUGGAGGGCGUCAUCUCCAAAUACAAGCCCAUGAUGAUCAUCACUGAAUACAUGGAGAAUGGGGCCCUGGACAAGUUCCUUCGGGAGAAGGACGGCGAGUUCUCCGUGCUCCAGCUGGUGGGCAUGCUGCGGGGCAUCGCGGCCGGCAUGAAAUACCUGGCCAACAUGAACUAUGUGCACCGUGACCUGGCUGCCCGCAACAUCCUCGUCAACAGCAACCUGGUCUGCAAGGUGUCUGACUUCGGCCUGUCCCGUGUGCUGGAGGACGACCCCGAGGCCACCUAUACCACUAGUGGAGGCAAAAUUCCGAUCCGAUGGACAGCCCCGGAGGCCAUUUCCUACCGCAAGUUCACCUCGGCCAGUGACGUGUGGAGCUAUGGCAUCGUCAUGUGGGAAGUGAUGACGUAUGGCGAGCGGCCCUACUGGGAGCUGUCUAACCACGAGGUGAUGAAAGCCAUCAAUGACGGCUUCCGGCUCCCCACGCCCAUGGACUGCCCUUCCGCCAUCUACCAGCUCAUGAUGCAGUGCUGGCAGCAGGAGCGUGCCCGCCGCCCCAAGUUCGCUGACAUUGUCAGCAUCCUCGACAAGCUCAUCCGAGCUCCCGACUCCCUCAAGACGCUGGCUGACUUCGACCCCCGGGUGUCCAUCCGGCUGCCCAGCACCAGCGGCUCUGAGGGGGUGCCCUUCCGCACCGUGUCUGAAUGGCUUGAGUCCAUCAAGAUGCAGCAGUACACGGAGCACUUCAUGACAGCUGGCUACACUGUCAUCGAGAAGGUGGUGCAGAUGACCAAUGACGACAUCAAGCGGAUUGGGGUGCGGCUGCCCGGCCACCAGAAGCGCAUCGCCUAUAGUCUGCUGGGGCUCAAGGACCAGGUGAACACGGUGGGGAUCCCCAUCUGAACCCCACGAGUGCCGCUUGCCCCCCUUGGCCAAGAAUACUUGAAGAAACAGAGUGGCAUCCCUGCUGGCUCAGCACUGGGCCACCAGAGAUCUUAUUUAUUUCUAGCUGUUCCUUAUCAAUGCCACCCUGAGGGCUUUGCUGGGGGGGAGGGGAAGGUGGGCCUAGGAUGACACCCUGGUCUGAACUGAGGAGUCGCUCAGGGAUCCCCUGCUGGGACCUCUUCCCCUGGAAGGAAGCCAAGCACUUAGCAGGCACCACCAUGUUCCAGAACCCCUGGAGAAGGAGCCCCCCAAGGCCUUUGGACAAAAAGGGGAACAUUUCCAAACCGACUGACUUCCUCUUUGCCUUCUCCCUUGAGACGGUUUUGGGAGAUGGGGGGAUUAGUCCUUGCCAUGUGAACAGGGUACCUCAUCACUCUUUACAAGAAGACAGACGGUGAACUCUGCUCGGCGUGAAGAUCCCAAAAGCCCCCCUGCUCUACCCAGUGCCUUCUUUAGACCCCCAGGCCCCAUCCUCAGCCCCAAAGGGCCAAAUUCUUGCUUCCCAGGGCCCUCAUGGAUGCUUGGUUGUGUUGAGAUUUUUUAAAUAUAUAUUUUGUACCUUGUGGAGAGAAUGUGUGUGUGGCAGGGGCCCCUCCGGGGCUGGGGCAGAGGACAGCCUGUGUCAGACAUUCCCAGGGCUGGGGGGCCGGUGCUGGCAGGCCUUUCCUGCCUGUUCCCCAGUUCACCAACCUCUUAUCUCUUAAACUUUAUGAUUCAGUCAGUGUUAAUGAUUUUGUUUUGUUGUGUAUUUUUUUCGAACCUUAAUUUAUUAUUAUUUUUUUUUAUAUUUAUUGUUAGAAAAUGACUUAUUUCUGCUCUGUAAUAAAAGUUGCAGAUGAUUCAAACUGA